AUGAUACUGGAAAUUAGCAAUACUUGCAUGCUCUUAGCUAUAGCCAAGGAUAUUUGGGAUGACAUAUAUCAAACUUAUUCCAGAGCUAGAGAUUCAGCAUACAUAUACGAGUUGAAGAUGAAAAUGAUGACAACUAAACAGGGAAAUAAGAUUGUAAUCGAGUAUGCAAAUCAAUUGAAGAUGUUAUGGCAGGAGUAUGAUCAUGACAAGCCGAUUAAUAUGACAAGCCCUAAAGAGGGAGCCAUUUACAAAGAUUAUGCAGAGCAUGACAGAACUUAUGGAUUUCUUGCUGGGCUCGAUCCAAAAUUUGAUCAGCUGAGAGUCCAGAUCCUUGAGGAGAGAGAUUACCAUCCUUCAAUGAGGUGGUGGCAUUGGUUAGGGUGAGGAGAGCAGAAGAGGUCUAAUGCUUCACUUGCAAAGUAUGGAGAACACAACAUUUGUGGCUAGAGGUGGCAAUAGUCCAACUAUAAGUAAGGAGAGAGUCAAGGCCAAUCAAUCCCCACCUCUACUUGGAUAA